GUCAGGGCGUCGACGACCCGGCGGAAGUGGAAGAGGGCUCAUAUAAAGAGGGGCACACGCGGGUUUUCAUUCUGAAAGCGCAUGCUGAGAUGGCGGACUUGGAAGGAUCGAUAAAGAAAAAGAAGUCGAAGAAGGUGUUGGAGGAGGAUGUUGGGGACAUCCAACAGACCGGCGACUUCUUCAUCAAACCAGAAGCUAAGGCGGCUGCGUUAGACACGUCGCAAUGGCCUCUCUUACUCAAGAACUUCGAUAAGCUGAACAUCAGGACAGCCCACUACACACCUCUCCCCAACGGGUCCAACCCCCUGAAGAGGGACAUCGCGGACUAUGUCCGGUGCGGCUUCAUCAACCUGGACAAGCCGGCCAACCCUUCGUCCCACGAGGUGGUGGCGUGGAUCCGACGGAUCCUGCGGGUGGAGAAGACGGGCCACAGCGGCACCCUGGACCCCAAGGUGACGGGCUGUCUGAUCGUGUGCGUGGAGCGCGCCACGCGCCUGGUCAAGUCCCAGCAGAGCGCCGGCAAAGAGUAUGUGGGAAUAGUACGGCUGCACAAUGCUAUCGAAAACGAACACACGCUAGCUAGGGGUCUUGAGACGCUGACGGGAGCGUUGUUCCAGCGCCCGCCCCUCAUCGCGGCCGUCAAGCGACAGCUGAGAGUGAGGACCAUCUACGAGAGCAAGCUGAUCGAGUACGACGCAGAGAGGAGGCUUGGGAUCUUCUGGGUGAGCUGUGAGGCCGGGACCUACAUCCGGACGCUGUGCGUUCACCUGGGCCUGCUGCUGGGGGUCGGAGGUCAGAUGCAGGAGCUGCGGCGGGUCCGCUCCGGGGUCCUGGGGGAGACGGAUAACUUGGUGACCAUGCACGACGUGCUGGACGCCCAGUGGCAGUUCGACCACAACAAGGACGAGACGUACCUGAGGCGCGUCAUCUACCCCCUGGAGAAGCUGAUGGUGUCGCACAAGAGGCUGGUGAUGAAGGACAGCGCGGUGAACGCCAUCUGCUACGGUGCCAAGAUCAUGCUGCCGGGCGUCCUGCGCUACGAGGACGGCAUUGAGAUCAACCAGGACAUCGUUGUCAUAACGACCAAGGGCGAGGCCAUCUGCAUCGGUGUGGCCCUGAUGACCACGGCGGUCAUCUCCACGUGUGACCACGGCGUGGUGGCCAAGAUCAAGCGGGUCAUCAUGGAGCGAGACACGUACCCCCGCAAGUGGGGCCUGGGCCCCAAGGCCAGCCAGAAGAAGAUGAUGAUCCAGAAAGGGCUUCUGGACAAACACGGCAAACCCAACGGCAGCACCCCCGGGGAGUGGAAGACGGGCUACGUAGACUACAGUGGCCAGGGGAAGAAGGAGCCGGCGGCUGGAGAUGCCGCGGACGCCUCGGCUAAGAGGAAGAGGGAGGAUAGCGACGGCGAAGCGGCCAGUGUUCCCAGUACGCCCAGCACAGAGGUGAAGAAGAAGAAGAAAAAGGAGAAGAAACUGAAAAAGGAGGGGGAGGAGGCGGAAGUGGAGGUGACGCCGCCUGAAGCGCCGGAGGAGACCCCAGAAGCGGGUGAGGAGAGUGCCAAGAAGAAGAAAAAGAAGAAGAAGAAGUCGACAGCGGAGGACUCUGAGUGAGGCCUCUGCUGCCGGGGCAGAGACUCAAAGGACAAUACGUCUCUAACGCGGCGCGCUGAAGAACCUUCUGGAUCUUUUAGUUGCCCUUUUUUUUUCUUUUCUUUUUUACACGUCUGUUUCCAGACGUCUGCGGUCGCCCGCUGCAGACAUUUGAAUUUUGUAAAUAAAAACAAAAAAUGUUUUUGGGUGGACCCUCCCCAACUCUUUAUGUUGAAAGUCUGUUCUUGCCUUAAAUGAACUCGCAGCCCUGUGGUGUUGUCAUGGUAACCUAGACCCCUCCCUAUCUGGCCCACUUCCAGGAUUGCUGGUUUUAAAAAGAUGUAUAAAAUGUAAAACCUGUUUAUAUAAACGGCUCUCCCAAAGCCUAAGUAAAGGGGGGGGGUUGUGUUUCAAUGACCUGUCGUGUAUUAAAGAUUUUUUUUU